AUGUCGUCCACCACCAUCACCAACACUGCACCGUCACCGUCAGAGCUACAUUUAGCACAUGAUUUGUGCAUUACGCCCGAAGAGCUUAUUUCUUUAAAGCAUGCAUUCCAUAUGCUGGAUAUCAAGAAUCAAGGCAUCAUACCCAUGGAUACGUUUAUUACCGUUUUGAACUACCUGAACAUGCAGCAUGCUGACAGGGUUGCGCAAACGAUCACUGCCACCUUUGAUAUCAUUGACUUUGAAGCAUUUGCCACCACCAUGGUUCAUUUGAUGCUGGAUGAUGUCGACGACAACCACCACCUUCUUCAUCAUCAUCCCGAUAACGAUUUGUUGGCAUGCUUUAAAGCGUUUGACCAAAAUGGUGAUAAUCUUAUUAGCCGUGACGAGCUGCAACAUGUCAUGACAAGUCUUGGAGAACGACUCUCUCCUUAUGAUAUUACAGCCAUGAUGACUGAAGCAGAUACAAAUGGUGAUGGAUUCAUUGAUUUCGAAGAAUUCAAACGGCUGCUCCCUGAAUGA